AUGGUAGAGCAGCUGGGGUGCGUGGACGCCAUGGCGCGCCACCCUCCUCCGCACCGCCCGCCCGCUGCAUCUGCGGCCGUGCACGCUCGCCAUGCCCGCCCGCCACAGCCGCGGCCCUGCUACGAGAGGGGAAAGGGGAGAAGGGAGGCGCCGCCGCCGCACGUGGUCCCGUGUGUCGCCGUGGCAGGGAAGGGGGCGAUGAGGGCUGAGCGCCGCCGUCCGCCGGCCGCACCGAGAAGGGCCGAGCUCAAGGCAGCCGGAGGUAUGGAGGGAGGGAGACAGCACCGGGCAGCGCACCGUGCCCGCAGAGCUCUGCCCGCCACGCCCACGAUGCGCACCGCCACCACUGCGGCCCGCCGCGCGUCUGCCAUGGCAGCCGCACGCGCCCAUUGCAUCCGCGGCCCUGCGCGCUCCGAUGUGCCCGCAGCAGCUAUGCCCCGCGCCCUGACGUGCCACGGCGAGAGGGGAAAGGAGCGGGGGAAGGGAGGCGCCGGAGGCAGGCCGCGGCACCAAGUGCGGAGCCGGGGCACCGUGGCAAGGGCGGAGGCAGAGCACGGUGGAGGGGUACAGAGCGUCGUCGCCGUCGCUCUGCCCUCCCCCGCUCUCACCCUCCGCCGCUUGCGCCCGGAUGCCGCGGAGGAGGAGGACGGCCAACGCGAGAGGGCCGCCGGGGAGGAUGAGCGCGGGGAGGAGACCUGCCGCCGGGGAGGUGGCCGGUCGGCGCGGGAGAGCCGCUGA